CAAACCUUUACUAAUCAAAAUAUCACUUUAACUAGUCGGACACAUUGUUAGGAUUAAAUGAGCGGUUGAAUGGAUUUGGAUAUCUUAGCACAGUGAAUGAUAACUGGUGUGCAUGGAGACCAUAACGUUCUCCUCUUACACUUCAAUCUCUUCGGCUUCCAGUACUCCCAAAUCAUUGCAACUAAUUCCAAUUAUACAACAAUCCUCAACUGCUCGCAAUCAUACCCUGCAUUCAAAGCCCGCAACUGUGAGAGUAAAUGCCACUGCUGGAAAAGGCUUUGGAAAGAGUCUUAGAAAAAAAUCCAACAGGAUGGUCAAAGAAAGCACUACUGACGUUUGUCCCUGCGGGGGAGGACGCCUCAAUUUGGAAUAUGAAAAAUGCUGCAAGCCUUUUCAUGAUGGGAUCGCCACUGAACCAGAUGCCCUUACUCUUAUGAAGGCAAGAUUUACAGCUUAUGCCAAUGGAGUUGUGGACUAUAUUGUCAAGACAACGCAUCCCCAGAACCCAGAUUAUUCAGAAUUCCGAUGGCAGGUUAUAGAUGCGGAACCACACUGCAGUUUCAGGAACCCUCUCAGUCUUGGGAUUGAAUCCUGGUUUCCAGUCAAAAAGAUGCAUCUGCGCCCCAUUCAUGAAAAGAGGGGCAGAACUGAGAGCCCUCUGCUUGUCUUCCAUCGAUGCCAGGGUAACCAAGUAAAAACCAUUUGCAAUCGGUUUACACAAUGUGUUCACACCCCAUUGCUCCCAGAGAUACUUGUGUCGCGCCUGCCAUGCGAAUUUUUGCCAUCACCUUCUGCUCCUGCCAUUUUUGGCACAAGGUUGCUUUUGCUCAUUUGCCCCAGACAGCACACUAUCAUCUCCAAUACAUACAACUGAGAUUAUUUUUCAGAUCACUGUAUCACUUGAAAAACUGCCUUUCAAAACAAAAAAACUGCACAAAGAAAGUAGGGAAACCACUAAAAUACCACUAAGCAACCUGCAGUGACAGUUAUAAACAAGAUUCCGGAAAUAUCUAAACAAAGAGGAACCGAUGAAUGGUGUGAAAACAGCAUAAAAUGGAUGGUCACAUCAUUUGCUCAACAACUCUCUCCAGAACGUGGCAAUAUAUGGGUGGCUCUUCAUAGAUGCAUACUGUUGAGCUACUGGCAGUAUCACCUUCAUUAGCAUUUUUAAUCAUAAUAAGAACAGGAUUAAAAUUUGAUUUCAUAUUAGAGAUAUUGUGCACAGAAGUUUCACAAAGUGCCAAUAAUAUUUCAAU